AUGGAGAAGGAGGAGAAGCAGGAUCUGGAGGGUGCCGCGGCGGCGGCGGCGGCGGCGGCGAGGCGGCGGCUGGUGAUCGGGGUGGGGUUCUGGGUGCAGGGCUUCCGGCUCUUCCCGUGGCUGGGCGUCAAUUUCUUCCUCAAGGACGGCAUGGGCGUCGUCGCCUCCUUGCUGCAGAUCCUCCAGGCCUCCGCCAACCUGCCCAUAGUCGCCAAGCCGCUCCUUGGCCUCCUCUCCGAUGCAGUCCCCAUACGCGGGCAUCGCCGCCUGCCCUACGUCGCCAUCGGCGGAAACCUCCUUGGAGGCAUUGCUCUCAGCUAUUUUUCUCCCAAAAUCAUGUUUCUGUUUUUCGCAAUCCUUCUCCUGCUCCAGUUCUUCACAACCGUGGCUAUACCUGAGAGCUCUCUCAAACUCCCAAAGGCAGCUACUCCUACCAAUCUAUCAGCACUCACCAGCAUCCUUAUCGGCUUAUCAAAGGUGUUUGGGCAAGUGGCUCUCUUGGCUUGGAGCAUGUCGUACAACAAGUACUUCAAAACAAUGUCCGCCUGGAAGGUCCUAUCAGUUCUGCAGUUUGUCACAGCACUCAUAAUGUUGUCAGAUGUGUUAUUCGUUCAGGGAAUAUACAGGAAGGUUGGAAUACCAGACUCCAUAUACACGAUUGUCUUCUCUGGGUUGCUCGAGGGUCUUAUAUUUUUCAAGGUCCUGCCCUUCAGUGUUCAUAUUGCAAAACUUUGCCCUGCUGGUUGUGAGGGAUCGGUAAUGGCCUUUCUCAUGUCUGCACUUGCCCUUGCCACUAUUGUCAGUGGCUAUCUUGGAGUUGCUCUUGCUGCCUUCAUGGGAGUAUCUGGAGAUGAUUUCUCAGCACUGCCAGCUUGCCUGUUGAUUGAGGCCGUGUGCACAAUUCUGCCACUAUGUUGCUCGUCUUUGAUCAAAGAGAGAAGAGAAAAGGAGAAGAAAGAAGAGUAG